GUUUAAGGUCCCUCCGGUGACUCUGAAUGACUAGCCGGUGUGCGUCUCCCCCUCGCCGUUUAGACAUAUUUAAAGCUUUGGAUCGAAGCGGUGGAUUUUACCGGCGAGUUAAAGUCCAGGUUGAGUGUGUGGAACGAUGCUGAUGAAGUUGGAAAGUAAUGAGCGAGGAUGCUGAAGCUGCCGGAAAGCCCGCUUUGUUCGGAGGAGCGCAAGGCUUUUGUGCCGCUGUCAUCCCGCAGCUCAUCCCCUGCUGCUUUGUCUUCACUUGGCCCUCUGAUACCGACCGUGAGCGGCAGUGUGGUUUGUCAGUAUUGGACUGCGACCACCAGCAGCAGCAGCAGGUCAGGACCAUGAGUCUGUAUGGGGCUGGGGGUGGUGCCAGUGGCGGCGCCGUUGGCGGGGCGAGAGAAAGAGGAGGGGCAGAACAUUACCGGGAACAACAGCGGCGUUCCAGUGACCGCUCACGCGACUCCUCCCAUGAGAGAGGAGAGAGCCAACUGACGCCCUGCAUCAGGAAUGUCACGUCUCCCACUCGGCAGCAUGACCGUGAACGUGGUGACGGAGGCUCCUCCUCCAGAUCCUCCAGUCCACGUCCUCCCAGGGUUUCUAUUCCCUAUUCCCACAUUGGAGGGGCCCUGAUCGGGGGCCACAUACCUCGGUCCCUGGGUCCUCCUGGAGCAGACCACCACUCUAAGACACUGGGUCCUGGAUCGUGCGAUAUGAUCUAUGUGUAUGACCUCAGCAGUAAAGAAGGCCAUCGCAGUGGACUGAGACUGGGAGAAAGAGUAACGCUCAUUGUGGAUAACACAAGAUUUGUGGUGGACCCUGCCAUCUUCACAGCUCAACCAAACACCAUGCUGGGCAGGAUGUUUGGUUCUGGGCGGGACAACAACUUCACACGACCCAAUGACAAAGGGGAGUUUGAGGUGGCUGAUGGCAUCAGCUCCACUGUCUUCAGAGCCAUUCUGGAUUACUACAAGUCGGGGAUAAUCCGCUGCCCUGACGGCGUUUCCAUUCCCGAGCUGAGGGAGGCAUGUGACUACCUCUGUAUCUCCUUCAACUACAGCACCAUCAAGUGCAGAGACCUCAGCGCCCUGAUGCACGAGCUGUCUAACGACGGGGCCCGACGUCAGUUUGAGUGUUACCUGGAGGAGAUGGUGCUGCCGCUGAUGGUGGCCAGCGCUCAGAGCGGAGAGAGGGAGUGUCACGUAGUGGUGCUGACUGAUGACGACGUGGUGGACUGGGACGAGGAGUAUCCUCCACAGAUGGGAGAGGAGUACUCACAGAUCAUCUACAGCACCAAACUGUACCGCUUCUUCAAGUACAUCGAGAACAGAGACGUGGCCAAGUCAGUGUUGAAGGACAGAGGACUGAAGAAGAUCCGGUUGGGAAUAGAAGGCUACCCCACCUAUAAAGAGAAGGUGAAGCGGCGUCCUGGAGGUCGUCCAGAGGUUAUCUACAACUACGUGCAGCGUCCCUUCAUCCGCAUGUCCUGGGAGAAAGAGGAAGGGAAGAGUCGCCACGUGGACUUCCAAUGCGUCAAAUCUAAGUCGACCACCAACCUGGCCGCAGCAGCCGCAGACAUUCCCCAGGACCAGCUGGUGGUCAUGCAUCCUCCGGGGCCGCAGGUGGACGAGCUGGACACUCUGCCGCAGCCACCGGGCGUCAGCGACCCCCAUCAGCUCGUGCUCGGACAGGGUCCCGAGAACAACGCGGGCCCUCAGCUUGCGCAAGGCUACGAGGGGCCGAACCAGCAGGCUCAGGAUGCUCCGCACAGCCUGGCCCACAGCAACCAGCAGCACGGCAGCAGCUACACUCAGGCCACUUACCACUACGAGCCCGACCCAGACACACCGUCACCCUCUGCAUGAGACUGGCUGCACACUUAAUCCCUCCCUCCAUUGCUGGGUACACACUGACAGCAACAAGUGCUUAUAUUCACAUCGCCACACUGAGACAAAGUCAGAGCUAGGAGAUGUUAAACUAUUAAAUCAAAACAACUUUCACAUUGUUCUGUGAGCAUUGAUCGUAAAACGUGCAGUCCCCUCCUAUACAUGAUGUAGGAAACUAGAAACAGUGACACUGAUAAAGAAGCUAAGAAGCACAGACACCUGAUUGGCAUCAACAGCCAAUAAGCACACAGAGUUCCACCUUUCUCACAUGAAUUCAAAGCACCUCCAGCUACUUGUUGCUUUCAGAGUGAAGGCAGACUUUGUUCCCCCGCUGCCCCACCGUCCCUCUCACCUCCUCCUCCUCCUAAGUGGCAAAACACCACUUUGCCUUCUGUUGCACCUCUGCUGCAGCCUUUCUCAGUCAACACAGCAUCCGAAUGAGCAAGAACCAUCCGGCAGCCAAGGAUGGACGAAGCACAUCAGCAGGCCUCCUUACCCACCUCCGUUCACUCUGAGUUUAUUUAUCUGACCAAAGGAGAGUUUAGUUGCAUUCUGUGAAAAGACAGUACUGUAUUUCAUUAUGAAGCAUGUGUGUGCGCGUGCAUGUGUGUGUGUUGUGCUGCUGGGAUACUGUACCUCACUGGGAAAGGUGGUUUUCAGUGCCUCUUUAUAGUCAGUCUUUAUUUGGAGGCUUGUUAUUAAGUUGGAUUUAAAGAUCCACUUUUUCCAGCGUAUGUGAAGGCCUUGAUGAAAGGGGUUUUUGUUUUACACUCAUACAGCAGUUUAUAAGGAAAUGCUUCACUCCCUUUGUUGAUUUGAUUCCUAGUUUAUAAUGAGUCCAUGUUUUCACUUUGUUUUACUCCUGUUUGUGUCCUGGCUGACCUGCUCUGAAAACUCUGCACAGGCUCAUCACUACUGCUGUGAGCACACAGGAUGUCAAGACAGAUGUUCAACACAAUGUUUUUCUAAUAAAUGGUAU